AUGACCGAACCAACCCAUUAUGAGGUCCUAGCUAUACCAAAGAGCCUGAUAGAGGACUCAAACCAAGACCAGAUCCCCAAGAUUAUAAGACAAGCCUACCACCGCGCCCUCCUCCGCCACCACCCAGACAAGACCAACGCGCCGCACAGGGCAGCAGCAGAAACGGCAAACACAUCAUCAUCAUCAUCAUCAUCAUCAACAUCACCUCCUCCAACAGUAGACCAGAUCACCCGCGCAUACACCACCCUCUCACACCCCGCAGAGCGCACCGCAUACGACCGCCACCUUGCCCUCACCCGCAACCCGACCACACCAUCCGCAGACGGCAGCCGCGCCACCAGCGCCACCUUCCAGACGGGGAUAGAGACCGUGGACCUCGACGACCUGGACUAUACCGAGGACGCCGCGCGCGCGACGACCCGUUGGCACCGCGGCUGCCGGUGCGGGAACGAGGAAGGGUAUGCCUUCGGCGAGGACGACCUGGAGGAGGCCGGGGAUUUGGGCGAGCUGGUUGUCGGGUGCCAGGACUGCAGCCUGUGGCUGAGGGUGUGUUUCGCAGUCGUGGAGGACGACGUCGAUGACAGCAGAUCCAAGUUGCAUGUGAAAGGGUCUUGGGGCCACGCGGCGCGGUCAACGGGCCAGCCGAGCUGA